UUCUUGCGACACGCGAGGAGCAGACGUCGUCCGAAAACUUCCGAUGCACGGCUGGUGAGCACCGAGGGCACGGUGCUGCCAACGGAACACUUUCCCCGGCGACACGCUAGGGUACACGUGCCCUAUAAGAGUCCACAUCCCUUCGUCUGUUGGCUUCUUCUGCUUAUGAUGUGGUCUUCGGGAACAGCCUGCGGUAGAAGGACGAAGAACAUGACACUAUGGAUAUUUGUCCAGAAUGCCCUCAACCACAAGCGAACUCUGUUCGCAGCGACGUUCCUGCUGUGCAUUAUCGGCGCCUCUGGGACUUCCUACGGUGCACCCGCUCGAAGACUUGACCACGGCCACGCAACGUACCGAUACCGAGAUCAUUAUAUGCCGGCACGUCGGAGCGACCAUCACAAAUACUACGCUGAGAAGUACUACGAUGACUAUGGCAAGCACGACUUUGAGUUUCUGCUUCCGCUGCUGCUUUUGUUGCUCGCCCCGCUGGCUGUCGGUGCUUUCUUGCUCCCGGUCACAGCUUCUCUGAUGACCAACACGCUGUUUCUCGUGAACGGCGUCGGACCAGCAGCAGCUAUUCAAGGUCGUCGACGCAGAGAAGUCAAGGAGGACCUUAGCCUGGACCUCGUGGACGCAAUGGAAAAAUUUGAAAAAGCGAUGGAGAAAUAUGGUUUGUUACCUGACUCUGCGGCAGGCUGAAAACGUGCUGAAGGAGCUUGAGGGCAAUUGUGGAUGAAAGUUUGACGUUUGAAUGUGUGUUUCCGACGAGCAUGGACAUCGGAAUUGUACUUGGGUAAUAAACACAACACUUGGGGCUCGAA